UUACGUUUGCCUUCAAAGUUUGACUUGGUAUGUGACGAUGGCACGAAGGCUUCGCUCGCCCAGUCUAUCUACUUCUUUGGGGUUUUACUUGGAUCUGUUAUUUUUGGUAGUCUCGCUGAUCAAAUCGGACGCAAGAUCACCCUAUUUAUUUGCGUUGGGCUCGCAUUUAUUUUUGGAAUUGCUACAGUGUUUGCACCUGGUUACUGGUGGUUCACAAUUCUCAGAGCUCUCGUGGGAUUUGCCAACAUGGGUAUUUUUCUGAUAGCAUUUAUUAUAGGGACGGAACUAGUUGGUCCAAGUAAAAGAACAUUUGCCGGCAUUGUUAUAGAAUUCUAUUUUGCAUCUGGGUACAUGAUAUUGGCUCUAUUAGCGUUCCUAAUCCGAGAGUGGAGAUACCUCCAGCUUGCAAUUACUUUGCCGUUGGUGUUAUACUUUCUCAUGAUACCGUUUAUUCCAGAAUCAGUGAGGUGGCUUAUUUCUAAAAACAGACUAGAAGAGGCUGAAAAGAUUAUCCGUGAUUGUGCAGAGACUAACAAGGUUUACAACCUGCCAGACAAACUUUUUGAAGAAGGAACACGAAAAAACGAAAAGGAGGAUAUUCAGAUUAACUACACAAUGAUCGACUUGUUUCGAACGCCAAACAUGAGACUGAAAACAAUAAACGUUCUCUAUAACUGGAUGGUAAACAGUUUAGUGUACUACGGUCUCUCGUUGAGUGCUGCCGACAUUGGUGGCAGGGAUUAUCUCGCAUUCUUUUUAUCUGGUUUGGUUGAAAUCCCAGCCUACAUUUCUUGCUUGUUUGCUAUAGAUCGAUGGGGGCGCCGUGUUGUACUUUGUUUUUACAUGGUACUAGGUGGUAUUGCUUGCUUUGGGACAAUAUGGCUUCCUGAGGGAGUGUGGCGCACCACCGUCUCGUUAAUCGGUAAAUUUGGAAUUGCAGCUUCGUUUGCAAUAAUCUAUAUUUUUUCUGCUGAGCUCUUUCCUACGCCUGUAAGGUAAGAUUUUGUUUCACAAGAUCAAUAUUAGGCCCUAUGUACGUUUAUAUAAUACGUUUGUGUAUCGAGUGUCUGUUCAUCAGUGGCGUAUCUAGGGGAGGGUACGGA